AAUGGAGCGGGUUCUUCACCAAACAAUGUCCUAGAUGUUCUGACACAGUAUCGAGGCCUUUCAUGGAGUGUUGGUGGAAAUGAAAACAUAAGCACAGUCACAACAUUAGCAAAUAUUCUUCGUGAGUUCAAUCCUUCUCUGUUAGGCUAUUCCAGUGGCAAAGGAAGCCAGAGCACAUCUAAUGCCUACCUGAACCAGGCUGUGGCAGGAGCCCGUGCAGAAGGCCUCCCAUCUCAAGCUAGAAAGCUAAUAGACUUGAUGAAGACUGAUUCUAAAAUAAAUUUCCAAGAAGACUGGAAACUUGUAACACUUUUCAUAGGAGGGAAUGACUUGUGUGACCAUUGCAAAGAUCCUGUACUUUAUUCCCCUGAAAAUUUUGUAAGCAAUAUACAGGCUGCUUUGGACAUACUCCAUAAAGAGGUCCCUCGUACAUUUGUGAACCUGGUCUCCAUCCUUCACAUAACAACUUUGAGGAAAUUGUAUCAAGACAAGAGAGUUUACUGCCCGAGACUCCUCAUGAGAUCUCUGUGUACCUGUGUUUUGAACCCCAGUGAUAACUCUACUGAAAUUGAGAUGCUGGAGUUGUUUAACAAAAGAUAUCAGGAGGGAAUUCAUGGCUUAGUUGAGAGUGGAAGAUAUGACACGAGGGAAGAUUUCACAGUGGUUGUGCAACCGUUUUUUGAAGAAGUGAGAAUGCCUGAGACGCCGGAAGGGUUGCCCGAUUCCUCCUAUUUUGCCCCAGACUGCUUCCACUUCAGCCAGAAGGGUCAUUCCCAAGGUGCUCGGGCUCUGUGGAAUAACAUGCUGGAACCCCUUGGGGAGAAGUCAAAACUGCAAGUGCUUGAAAUGGUGAUAACCCUCAAAUGUCCAGAUCAGGCCCAGCCAUACUUAAUGACAUACCGAAACAGCAACUAUACCUACACCAGUGAGACCACUGCAGAUUAUGGAAGCCAGAUGCUGUGUGAGGAUAGAGCUCCUUCCAUCAACUUCCCUACUUCAGUGCAUAGCUUGAAACCAGCUGACGUGCAAGUAAUUGCUGCCCUGGGGGAUUCCUUGACUGCUGGUAAUGGCAUUGGAUCAAAACCAAAUGACCUGAUGGAUAUGAAUACGCAGUAUUGGGGGCUGGCUUGGAGCAUUGGAGGAGAUGCUUCAUUAAGGAAUGUAACAACUUUGCCCAACAUCCUCCGUGAGUUCAGUGCUAACCUCACGGGAUAUUCGACUGGCACAGGAGACUUAAGAAAGCCAAGUGCCUUUCUCAACCAAGCAGUUCCAAGAGCACCAGCUGAGAAAUUACCAGACCAAGUAAAGCACCUUGUGAAAUUAAUGAAAAACGACUCGAGAAUCAAUUUUGACACAGACUGGAAGGUCAUAACUGUAUUCAUUGGAGUCCAUGAUCUGUGCAACUAUUGCAAAGACAUGGAUCACUAUUCAGCUGUAAACUUUUCAAGCCGUGUUCAAAAAGCACUUGACCUUCUUCAUGCAGAGGUGCCUAAAGCUUUGGUGAAUCUGGUGAAUGCAAUGGACCUUCUUCCUCUGAGACAACUGUUUCUGGAUAGCAGAUUGCCCUGCCCUGCCCAUCUAGCAGUAGAGAAUUGUGAGUGUGUUCUCACCGUUCAAGAAGGCUCACCAGAACUGGUGAGGAUGAAGGAAGCAGUCCAAACCUAUCAGAGCAGUCUGCAAAGUCUAGUGCAGACUGGCAAGUAUGACACCCAAGAAGAUUUUACAGUAGUACUGCAGCCUUUCCUCCAAAGCAUCGUACUUCCUCUUCUACAGGAUGGGCGUCCAGACAUCUCAUUCUUUGCACCUGAUUGUUUUCAUCUCAGUCAAAAGUCGCAUUCCCAGCUUUCUCGGGCCCUCUGGAAAAAUAUGCUUCAACCUUUAGGGAAGAAAUCCAUUUCCUUCAACUUUACAGAUAAUGUGACCCUGAGCUGUCCAACUCUGCAACAACCAUUCCUGGGAACCUACAAGAACAGCAAUGGUACACAUUCGCCUCUGGAGCCCACACAGAAACCAAGCCAGAGCUGGGGUAGUGAUCUGUCAUGCCCUGGACAGGCUGCAUCCCAAAAAGCCCCAACAUCAGUCCACAGGCUACAACCUUCUGACAUCAAAGUGAUAGCUGCCCUCGGUGAUUCUUUGACGGCUGCUGUAGGAGCCAAAUCAACUGGUUUGGAUGAUGUAACCACAGCUUGGAGAGGGCUUUCUUGGAGUGCUGGAGGUGAUGAAACCUUGGAGACUCACACAACCUUAUCUAAUAUUUUGAAAAUGUUCAAUCCAAACCUCUCUGGCUUCUCUACUGGCACCCAGAAUGAAGCGGCCGGAUUCAACGUAGCAGUAGGAGGAGCCACCGCACAGAAUCUUCCAGCCCAAGCAAGAGAAUUGCUAGCACGAAUGAAAAACAGCCCAAGCAUCAACUAUAAGGAGGACUGGAAGCUAGUCACCAUUUUCAUUGGAGGCAAUGACCUUUGUAACUAUUGCUUAGACAAGGAGACCUAUUCAGUGGACAAAUAUGUAGAACACCUCCAGGACACCCUUGAUAUCCUUUACAAGGAGCUCCCUCGGGCUUUUGUCAACAUGGUGGAGAUAAUGGAACUCGCUGGACUGCGUCAGAUUGAAAGGGAAGCAUCCGGAUGUGUUCUUUCAGGGGCGAGCCUUUGCCCGUGUUUUCUAAACCCCCAGGAAAACUCCCCUGAACUACAGGAAAUGAAAAGAAUUAACAGAGAUUUUCAGGAGAGAAGCGCAAGGAUGGUCAACUGCGGUCGCUAUGCAGAGCGGGAGGAUUUUGCCGUCGUUGUGCAGCCGUUUUUCCGAAACACCAUCAUGCCACUAGACAGUGAUGGGAAGCCAGACCUGAGUUUCUUUGCAGUGGAUUGCUUUCAUUUCUCGGAGAGAGGCCAUGCAGAGAUGGCCAUAGCACUCUGGAAUAAUAUGCUGGAGCCAGUUGGUCAUAAACAGUCAUACAAUAACUUCACAUAUGAAAGGCUGAAACUCAAGUGCCCAACCUCGGAAAAUCCCUUUAUUUUCACCUCAAGCAACAGCAAAGCGCAGAGUUCAGAGAUCGAUGCAGAGAACAAUGGAGGCAAGGUGCCCUACUGGGCUGCGAUUGUGGCAGCAACAGCUGGAAUCUUGGCAGGAUCCCUCAUUGCCUGGCUGAUCACCACUCAGAGAGCCAGCAAACGCCCAUGUUCAGGAAACACAGUGACUGGAGAGAAAGUAACAACAUUUUGAAUUUGCACCUGCACCAAGGAGAUCUAACACAACAUCUACCUCCAGUAACAUGAGGAAAGCAGUAUGGGAGCUUAGCAGCAGCUUUUCACAUACUAUUUUUAAACCAAAAAAAUUUCCAUCUAAAAGUGGGAGAAGAAAUACCGGCUCAGACAUCAUGGUAACUGUUUGCAGACCAGGGCUUAGAAGAUGAGAUACAUAGGGAGAGCUUAUUAAAGCAAAUGCAUCCCAAAUAUAUCAGCCUUCCCUGAUUUUAAAUAGGAUAUUUGUUAUUGUAAUGGAAACGCCAAGAUAAAGAAUGCUUCUAUACGGUGCAUUUUGCAUUCCCACUGAAGAUUCAUCCGCAAAUGUCAGGUUUGCUCUCUUAAUCCUGGCCUCUUAAAUGGCAUCUGGGAGCAUUUAGUGAAUACAAUAAUCAACAGUGUUACAAAUGAAGAGCUAUCAAUUCUAGAGCUGCCAUCCUGGCUGAAGAGUGAGCCAAAUAAAAGCCUUUCAAGAAGCCAA